GGUAAUUUCCACAAAUUUUCCGACCAUUUUUUUCGUCCUCCGUGCCAGAUGGCUCAGGGCGCAUACUAAUUCAAUUUAAUUGUCUAAUUUAAGGUGAAUAUUGAUAUCUUCCCUUGAAAACAACUGCGAAAGUAUUUGGAUAAUCGGGCUUUCUUUCUUUACAAUUUAAGGUAAUUUCCACAAAUUUUCCGACCAUUUUUUUGGUCCUGCUCGUCGGGGAACUGGAAGUUUAGGUCACUUUUUGAUCCUACUCGUCCGGAAAGAAGCCAAUUUGAGCAUCUACCAGCAUCAUGCCUGCCAAUAGAGCAUCCAGAGCUGCCUAUAAGGGUCAAUUGACGUCCAUAAAACGGAUGAUUGAGCAAUUUGAAAGGGACCCUGCUAACCUUGAGCACCCAUCAGCCAGAACCCGCCUGAUCGCCCAACAAGACUUAGUUAAUCGGAUUGAAAGCCGGUUCAUAGAAGUCCAACGGGAAAUUCUCGGUUCUGCAACCACUGAUGAACAGACGGAGGAGGAAGAGAGAGAGUUAAUGACCUUCCAAAAUGAUUGCAUGGUGGUCUACUCUAAAAUCUCUAACCUAUUGGCGUCUAUAGGAGCCACAAGUGCAAAUCCAUCUGGAGCUCAGGCUAACGGGGAAUCUUCAACUCUGGUUCAGCUUGUUAAUCUUUUCAGAGAACAAGUAGAGGAACAGCGUCUUCAGAGGCAGGAAUUUGUGCACUAUAUGGAAUCACGCAAUACUGUGGGAAAUAAUUCCGACAUAAAUGAGUCAAUUGGCCAUGUUGGAAAUUCCACAUUUGCUCUGCCAUCUGCUUCAAAAUUGGAGCCUAUUAAAGUCCCUAAAUUUUAUGGGAGCUAUGAGAAAUGGAAAACUUUCCAGGAUUUGUUCAUUUCAAUUGUGGACAAAAACGAUCAUCUUACUAAUGCGCAAAAAAUGCAUUAUUUGGUGACAUCAGUGGAGGGUGCAGCCUUUAAGGAAGUUGAACAUUUGAAGGUCUCCGAUGCAAACUACCAUGUAGCUUGGGAGCGACUCAAAAAACGCUAUGAUGAUAAAGUGGCUAUAGUCAAGACGUUGAUGGAUAAGUUUUUGGAGCAACCCACAAUUUCUCGUCAAAAUGUGAACGAGAUUCGGGAACUUCAAACCAACUCGUCUGCUAUCAUCAAUGCAUUGGACAGUCUUCAAGUCAAUGAACGCGAUCCAUGGCUCAUACACUGUGUCUUGAAGAAGUUGGAUAAGGAUUCAAGAUGGUUGUGGGCCCAAGAGGAUAAAGACGUGACUGCAUCUUGGCAGGAUUUUGACAAUUUUCUGUCCAAGAUAUGCCGAGCUAUGGAACAUUCAGCUGCAGAUCCUGUUCCUGAAGAUACCUCAUCAAGUUCUUCAGCUCAGAAUAAGAAGAAGCCAGCUCAGGCAGCGAAGAAGGCGUCAUCCAAUGCAGCGGUCGUGAGUAAAGCUAAAAUUUGUCCUUGUUGUCAGGAGUCUCCCCACAAAUUGUUCAAGUGCAAAAAAUUCUUAAGUAGCAACCUCGAAGAUAGACUAAAGAUUGCAAGAGAUUUAAAGAUUUGUUUUAAAUGUCUCUCAGAAUAUCAUUUUUUAGGAGAUUGUCAAUACUUUAACUGUAAAACUUGCAAAAAGCCUCACAAUUCUCUGCUCCAUGGAGCAUUUGCUGCAUCUGAUAAUUCAUCAAUGCAAUCGGGUUCCUCCCACUGCAUUUCAAGUCAGAAUCGCAAUUCCACUGUCACUCCCUUCCCCGGCCAAAGUGCCACUGAUUCAAUGAAUCUCCAAGGGGAUGAUACUUCUCUCACUACUCUCACAUGCUCAGAUUCCACGGGGGGAGUACAAGCUCAAGUACUUUUUGCCACCGCAGUAAUAACUGUUCUGAGCUUUGAUGAUAAGAAAUAUCCGUGUCGAAUAAUUCUCGAUCCUGCGUCACAAGUUAACGUAAUCAGUGCGAACUUAUGCCAACUCCUAAAACUUCCCUGCAAGGUGUCAAGAUUUGUAAUCGAUGGGGUAAACCAAAACACUCAAUAUUGCAAACAAGAAGCACAAGUCAGGUUGGAGUACGAGAUCAAUAAUAUUAAAAUGUCACAGUCUCUUAAUUGUCUGGUAAUGCCGAAGGUGACAAAGGAUCAUCCUAACUGGCAAAUUGAUACCAAAAAUAUUAAGAUUCCCGAUCAUUUAAAAUUGGCAGAUCCCGGUUGGAAUAAAUGUCAACGAGUUGAUCUUUUAAUCGGGGGAGCAAACGCAUGGGAUUAUUUCGGUGUAGAGAGGCAUCAUUUGGGCGAGGGACUGCCACACCUACAAAGUAGUGUGUUCGGAUGGCUAGUUGUGGGUCCAUGUUUCAAGGUCCCACCUCCACAACCGGUGUCGUGUAAUAUUACGACUUUGGCGUCUCUUGAUAAGACAGUAAGGAAAUUCUGGGAGAUUGAGGAUAUUCCUAAGGGGAAUAUUCGGUCUUUUGAAAAUGAUGAGGCUGAAAAGUCGUUUGUUAAAAAUGUAACAAGAACGCGUGAAGGUAGAUACGAAGUUAGUCUCCCUUUGAAUGAAAAUGCACAGGUCUUGAAGCCAAAUCGGUCACAGGCGGUGCGUCAGCUUCAGCAGUUGGAACGAAGACUUUCUAAAAACGUAAUUCUAAAGGAGUCUUACUUAGAGGUUUUUCGAGAUUACUUGAAGCUGGGGUUUAUUGAACGCGUUCCCCCAAAUGAAGUUUUUGAGAUAGGCAUUUUAAAAUAUUAUAUGCCUCAUCACUGUGUGGUAAGGGAAAGCGCUGCGUCUACAAAGAUUAGACCAGUGUUUAACGCCAGUUGUACCACGUUUUCCGGUGUUAGUCUAAACGACUGUAUGUAUCAGGGUCCCGUUGUUCAGCCAUUGCUGAUUUCAAUCUUAUGGCGUUUUCGUAUGCACAAGUACGCAAUGACAUGCGAUAUUGUAAAAAUGUUUUUACAAAUUUCCAUGCAUCCAUCCCACCGAAAUCUUCAACGUUUUGUUCUCAGACUUGAAGACGAAAUCGAAGAUUUUCGUUUCACAACAGUUUGCUUUGGGGUCGCUGCGUCUCCGUUCUUGGCCACGAGGGUCUUAAUGAAGUUGGCUGAUGAUGAAAGGAAUAAAUUUCCAAGGGCUGCAAGGGUUAUUCGAGAGAAUACAUACGUCGAUGACUGUCUCACAUCAGCAAAAACGGCUGGUGAACUUUUUGAGCUCAAAAGAGAGCUCCAAGGUAUUUUCAAAAUGGCUGGGAUGGAAUUAUCAAAAUUUCAGUCCAAUUGUGUUGAGGUUUUGAGUUCUGAAGUUGAGGAAAAUCCUCUGGCAGAAGUUCCAAUAGACAGUCAAACGAAAGCUUUGGGAAUUGUAUGGAAGCCGGGACAAGAUGUUUUUCAAUUCAAAAUUUCUGAACUGGAACUUAAUUUAUCUCCUACAAAGCACUCAAUUCUUUCCACGAUUGCUAAAAUUUAUGAUCCGUGCGGUUUCAUUGGUCCGGUUAUCACGAGAGCAAAAUUGAUCUUCCAAAAUACUUGGACAAGGGAACUGAAUUGGCAUGAUGAUAUACCACGUGAUCUAAGGGAAGAAUGGGAAAAAUUCUUGGAAGAUAUUCCUAAUAUUGAGGAGUUACAUAUUCCACGUUGGAUUUCAGAAUUUGAAGAUGUAAAAGAGAGGGAACUCCAUGCGUUUUCAGACGCUAGUUCAGUAGCGUACGGUGCAGUGAUUUAUAUGGUUUCUAUCAACCAUUCUGGGGAUAGAUUUGCUAGGAUGAUAGCGUCAAAGUCACGCGUGAAUCCUGUUGAUAGGAAGUCAGAUGGGUCGCGUAAGCUCACAAUACCGAAAGCGGAGCUUUGUGGAGCUGUUUUGGCGGUUGAACUUAUAACGGCGGUGUCCGAGUCUCUGGAAGUUUCAGAUUGUUACUUCUGGACAGAUGCAUCCGUAGUUUUAUAUCAGAUUCAUCAGCCAAAAGCGAAACAGGAGAUUUUCGUCAGAAACCGAAUCAGGAUAAUUCUUUCGAGGUCUCAGACUUCCCAGUGGCGAUAUGUUUCCACGACCGAAAACCCGGCAGAUCUUAUAUCCAGAGGCUCAAGCGCGAAGAACUUGAUAAACUCGGAGUUAUGGUGGAACGGACCACCAUGGUUAGUUUUGAACAAGGUCAAUUGGCCUGUCGAAUUUUCCCCCUCAACUUUUGCUGUUAAGUCAGCCAUGGUAGAGUCUAAUGUGAAAACUAUUGAUGCUGACGUACUGCUUGUAGGUGUCCCACAAUUCCGCCCAAUUUAUUAUCACUUGGUUUCCAGGAUUGGAACCUUUUCUAAAAUGGUUAGAACCAUUGCUUGGGUUCUCAGGGCAGUUUCCCUUUUUAACACCCAAAAGAGAGUUACUCGUUCAACAGCAUCUUUGCGAAUGGCACCCCUGUCUGUUGAAGAGUUGCAAAAGUCAGAGUUGAAUAUCAUUAUGUGGACUCAACGUGAGGAAAUGCCCGAGGUGAUUUCUGCAAUCGAAUCCGACAUUCUCGAUACAUCCAAUAAAUUCAAGAGUAUUCGCAAAUUGCGUCCCUUUAUUGAUAAAGAUGGGGUCUUGAGGGUUGGUGGGAGGUUGGGUUUUGCAGAUGAGACUUAUGAUGUGAAACAUCCGAAAAUUUUACCCAAGGGAAAAGUUGCCCAGUUGAUUGCAAUAAGGGAGCAUGGGUUGUUGCUACAUGCGGGUCCGCAAUUGACACUUUCCUCUUUGCGACUUAAAUAUUGGCCAAUUCGUGGCAGAGACCUUGUGCGUAAGGUUUCUCGUGAUUGCAUUACGUGUAGGAAAGUUAGACCUCCUCCUUCUGAGCAAUUGAUGGGUGAAUUACCGGCCUGCAGGGUUAGUCAUGUAAGGCCAUUUGCGGGUACUGGGGUGGAUCUCACGGGUCACAUCAUGUUGAAAAGGUUGCCUAAGGGAAGUUCGUUGAUAAAAGCAUACGUUGUGAUAUUCGUUUGUAUGAGCGUUAAAGCAGUUCAUCUAGAACUCGUCACUUCACUUUCUACGGAAUCGUUUCUCGCGGCUCUAAGAAGAUUUGUUUCGCGAAGGGGAAUCCCAAAUGAUAUGUAUAGCGAUAAUGGGACGAAUUUUAUUGGGGCCGAGAAAGAGAUCAGAGAUUUAUUUCACCAACACUCGUCUCAAGAGAAAAUUUCAGAUUUUGCGUCUGGUUUAUCGAUUCGUUGGCAUUUUAAUGCUCCAGCCGCCCCAAGUCAUGGGGGUCUAUGGGAAUCUGCGGUGCGGUCAUUUAAGCACCAUCUUCGACGUUCUGUUGGGGAAACCCUCUUAACGUACGAGGAAAUUUUAACAAUUAUAACGCAGAUCGAAGCUAUUUUGAAUAGCCGUCCAUUGAUAAGCUUGACUGAGGAGAGUGAAGAUCCUUCUGUUUUGACUCCUGGUCACUUCCUAAUUGGAUUGCCCCCGAUUCAAAUGCCUGACCCUUCCUUUGAGCAUUUGUCAAUCAAUAAACUAAAUAGGUGGCAAUUAUGUCAAAGAAUUCAACAAAGUUUCGCAAAUCGAUGGAAAAAAGAGUAUUUAACCACUUUGCAAGCGCGUACUAAAUGGGAUAAAAGGCAUAAGAAUUUUAAAGUCGGUGAUGUGGUUUUGCUAAUGGAAAAUGAUGUUUCCACUACACACUGGCCUGUGGGAGUAGUUAGGGAGGUACACCCUGGAGUGGACGGUUUGGUGAGGGUUGUGACGGUGAAGACUACGCGGGGAGAGUAUAAAAGACCCAUCCUUAAAAUAGUAAAGUUAAUUCCAGAAGAUGUUGAAUAAAAAUUACUUUUUGCAAGUUCCUUUUUAUUUUCAAUUUGCAUUAUUUGUCAAUUACAAUCAAAAAUUUCCUUCAAUUUUCUCAAUUAAAAUUUGAAAGUAGUUGAAUUAUUUAAGCUAACAUUGAAUUAAAGGAGGUUGCAAGAUUUAUAAAGUCGCCCUGAGAGGGGGAGUAUGUUUGCGCCCAGCACAAAAUUUAAUUGUCCAAAAAAUAAUGUAAUGACGGGCCCCUUGACGACAGCAAAAAUGCAAUAGGCUUUUUUCCCCUCUCCUCACUUUGCUAAGAGGAGAGAGAGAUAAAAGGGAGAAGAGAUCAUUCUUCACUCUUUUUUGGUACUACUAUCAGUCCAGCGCGAUAACCAAAGUGCACGGCAGAAAAUCAGUCCUCAGGGCGAUUGUAAAAUAAAUAAAAUUAUCAAAAACUA